AUGUGCCGGGGGGCUGCAAGAGGCCCUCCUUCCCCGAGCCAGCGUUUGCUGCCCAUCCUGCUGCUGGUACGUGAUCCUUGCUGUGAAGGAUGGUCCUCACUGGGUCCUGCGAGGAGCAAGGCUUCCCCUCCACCUCCUCCUCCAGAGAGGGCUGCGGAGGAGGCGAGGCUGGAGAAUUACAGUUUGACAAUUGGAACCACAUCUAGAACUUGGGAAGCGCACUUUGUUGUAGAUGAUGAAGUGGUUCUGCAGUGCACCGCAACUGUCCACAAGGAGCAACAGAAGCUGUGCCUUGCUGCAGAAGGAUUUGGGAACAGGCUUUGCUUUUUGGAAUCCACAUCAAAUUCUAAGAAUGUGCCCCCUGACUUGUCCAUCUGCACCUUCGUGCUGGAACAGUCCCUGUCGGUUCGGGCCCUCCAGGAAAUGCUGGCUAACACAGAGGAAAAGGCAGAAGGGCUAGUUGAUGUGGAAAAAUGGAAAUUUAUGAUGAAGUCUGCGCAAGGUGGCGGUCAUCGAACACUGCUCUAUGGGCACGCGAUCCUAUUGCGCCAUUCGUACAGCGGCAUGUAUCUAUGUUGCCUCUCUACAUCUCGGUCUUCGAUGGAUAAGCUGGCAUUUGAUGUAGGAUUGCAAGAGGAUACAACAGGUGAGGCGUGCUGGUGGACCAUCCAUCCAGCUUCCAAGCAACGAUCAGAAGGAGAAAAAGUACGUGUUGGAGAUGAUCUUAUUUUAGUCAGUGUCUCUUCGGAAAGAUACUUGCAUCUCUCUUAUGGCAAUGGGAGCUUACAUGUUGAUGCGGCCUUCCAGCAAACGCUCUGGAGUGUAGCCCCAAUCAGUUCAGGAAGUGAAGUUGCCCAAGGCUAUCUGAUAGGAGGGGAUGUUCUGCGGUUAUUGCAUGGUCACAUGGAUGAAUGCUUGACAGUCCCUUCUGGCGAACACGGAGAAGAACAAAGAAGAACUGUCCAUUAUGAAGGUGGUGCUGUGUCAAUUCACGCCCGUUCCCUUUGGAGACUAGAGACUCUAAGAGUUGCGUGGAGUGGCAGCCACAUUAGAUGGGGACAGCCAUUCAGACUAAGACAUAUAACGACAGGGAAAUAUUUAAGCCUCCUGGAUGACAAGAGUCUUCUUCUUACAGACAAAGAGAAAGCAGAUGUAAAAUCUACAGCAUUCUGUUUUCGGUCUUCCAAGGAAAAGUUGGACAUAGGGACAAGAAAAGAAGUAGAUGGAAUGGGAGCACCUGAAAUAAAAUAUGGGGAUUCGAUGUGCUAUAUACAACAUGUAGACACAGGCUUAUGGCUCACUUACCAAUCUGCUGAUGCAAAGUCUGUAAGAAUGGGAUCUGUGCAGCGCAAGGCAAUAAUGCACCAUGAAGGUCACAUGGAUGAUGGUUUAACGUUGUCCAGAUCUCAGCAUGAAGAAUCCCGUACAGCACGUGUCAUCCGUAGUACAGUCUUCCUUUUCAAUAGGUUUAUAAGGGGCCUUGAUGCUCUCAGCAAGAAAGUGAAGUCUUCCACGAUUGAUUUACCUAUUGAGUCAGUCAGUCUGAGCCUUCAAGACUUGAUUGGCUACUUUCACCCUCCUGAUGAACACCUAGAGCAUGAAGACAAGCAAAACAGGCUGCGAGCACUGAAGAAUCGCCAGAAUCUCUUCCAGGAAGAGGGUAUGAUCAACCUUGUCCUCGAAUGUAUUGAUCGCUUGAAUGUAUACAGCAGUGCAGCUCAUUUUGCAGAUGUAGCUGGGAAGGAAGCUGGAGAAGCAUGGAAAUCUAUUCUGAAUUCUUUAUAUGAAUUACUAGCGGCUCUGAUUAGAGGGAAUCGUAAAAACUGUGCUCAAUUUUCUGGAUCUCUUGAUUGGUUGAUCAGCAGAUUAGAAAGACUGGAAGCCUCUUCUGGAAUUCUAGAGGUUUUACACUGUGUGUUGGUGGAAAGCCCAGAAGCUCUAAACAUUAUUAAGGAAGGACAUAUUAAAUCAAUUAUCUGUCUUCUGGACAAACAUGGAAGAAACCAUAAGGUUUUGGAUGUCUUAUGUUCUCUCUGCGUAUGUCAUGGAGUAGCUGUGCGGUCUAAUCAACAUCUAAUCUGUGACAAUCUCCUGCCAGGAAGAGAUCUGCUUUUACAGACACGUCUUGUCAACCAUGUGAGCAGCAUGCGACCCAACAUCUUCUUGGGGAUUAGUGAAGGCUCUGCCCAAUACAGAAAAUGGUACUAUGAACUUAUGGUGGACCAUCUGGAGCCCUUCGUGACUGCAGAGUCAACUCAUCUUCGAGUGGGCUGGGCGUCAACAGAGGGCUACUCACCAUAUCCAGGUGGAGGAGCAGAAUGGGGAGGAAACGGUGUUGGUGAUGAUUUGUAUUCGUAUGGCUUUGAUGGUCUGCAUCUGUGGUCAGGUUGUGUAGCACGGACAGUAAACUCUCCCAACCAACAUCUGUUAAGAACUGAUGACGUUAUUAGCUGCUGUUUGGAUCUGAGUGCCCCCAGCAUCUCUUUCCGGAUAAAUGGUCAGCCAGUUCAAGGAAUGUUUGAGAAUUUCAACAUAGAUGGCCUCUUCUUUCCAGUUGUCAGCUUCUCAGCAUGAAUAAAGGUACGUUUCUUGCUUGGAGGUCGCCAUGGAGAAUUCAAAUUCCUUCCUCCACCUGGGUAUGCCCCUUGCUUUGAAGCUGUCCUACCAAAAGAGAAACUAAAAGUGGAGCACAGCCGUGAGUACAAACAGGAUCGCAGCUAUACAAGAGACUUACUGGGCCCAACUAUCUCUCUGUCACAAGCAGCUUUCACCCCAGUUCCUGUAGAUACCAGCCAGAUUGUUUUGCCUCCCCAUCUGGAAAGGAUUAGAGAAAAAUUAGCAGAGAACAUCCAUGAACUUUGGGUUAUGAAUAAAAUUGAACUUGGCUGGCAGUAUGGACCAGUUAGAGAUGACAACAAAAGACAACACCCGUGUUUAGUGGAGUUCUCAAAAUUGCCGGAGCAGGAAAGAAAUUAUAACUUGCAAAUGUCACUUGAAACACUCAAAACCCUGCUAGCCUUAGGCUGCCAUGUUGGAAUUGCUGAUGAACAUGCUGAAGAGAAAGUGAAAAAAAUGAAACUUCCGAAGAAUUACCAGUUGUCCAGUGGAUAUAAGCCUGCUCCCAUGGAUCUGAGUUUUAUCAAACUGACCCCGUCUCAAGAGGCUAUGGUGGAUAAGCUAGCAGAGAACGCUCACAACGUGUGGGCAAGGGACCGUAUCAGGCAAGGCUGGACGUAUGGUAUCCAGCAGGAUGUGAAAAAUCGACGGAAUCCUCGCCUUGUCCCUUACGCUCUUUUGGAUGAUCGGACCAAGAAGUCAAACAAAGAUAGUCUCCGGGAAGCCGUCCGCACCCUUCUUGGCUAUGGUUACAAUCUGGAAGCUCCUGAUCAGGAUCAUGCAAUGAGACUAGAUGUGUGCGGUGGGAUAAUAGAAAAAUUCAGGAUCUUCCGCACAGAAAAGACUUACGCAGUGAAGGCUGGGAAGUGGUACUUCGAGUUUGAGGCAGUUACUGCAGGAGACAUGAGAGUUGGCUGGACCAGGCCAGGUUGUAUGCCAGAUCAGGAACUUGGCUCAGAUGAAGAAGCUUUUGUUUUUGAUGGCUUUAAGGCACAACGGUGGCAUCAGGGCAAUGAGCAUUUUGGCCGUUCCUGGUUGGCAGGAGAUAUCGUUGGAUGUAUGGUUGACAUGAAUGAACACACUAUGAUGUUCACCUUGAAUGGUGAAAUCCUGCUUGAUGACUCAGGUUCGGAGCUUGCAUUCAGAGACUUUGAGGUUGGUGAUGGGUUUCUACCUGUAUGCAGCCUGGGCUUAUCUCAAGUGGGAAGAAUGAACUUUGGAAAGGAUGUCAGCACUCUGAAAUAUUUCACUAUCUGUGGCUUACAGGAAGGGUAUGAGCCCUUCGCUGUUAAUACAAACAGAGACAUCACCAUUUGGCUGAGCAAAAGGCUCCCUCAGUUCCUACCAGUGCCAUUAAACCAUGAACAUAUUGAGGUGAUGAGAAUUGAUGGCACCAUAGAUACCUGUCCAUGCCUGAAGGUCACACAGAAGUCCUUUGGUUCACAGAACAGUAAAACAGACGUUAUGUUUUUUCGAUUAAGUAUGCCUAUUGAAUGUGCUGAGGUGUUCUCCAGAACAGCUGCAGGAGGGCUGCCAGGCACUGGUCUUUUUGGCCCUAAGAAUGACUUGGAGGAUUAUGAUGCUGAUUCUGAUUUUGAGGUUCUAAUGAAAACUGCUCAUGGUCAUCUAGUGCCUGACCGGAGUGAAAGAGAAAAAGAUGCCACAAGACCAGAGUUAAACAACCAUAAAGAUUAUGCUCAAGAAAAACCUUCACGUCUUAAGCAAAGAUUUAUGCUGAGGAGGACAAAGCCUGAUUAUAGCACAAGCCACUCUGCACGGCUUACUGAGGAUGUGCUAGCAGAUGAUAGAGAUGACUAUGAUUACUUGAUGCAAACUUCCACGUACUAUUAUUCAGUGAGAAUAUUUCCUGGUCAAGAACCGGCUAAUGUCUGGGUAGGCUGGAUUACAUCUGACUUUCAUCAGUAUGACACAACCUUUGAUUUGGACAGAGUGCGCACUGUCACAGUUACACUGGGAGAUGAAAAGGGGAAGGUUCAUGAGAGUAUCAAGCGCAGCAACUGCUAUAUGGUGUGCGCAGGAGAGAGCAUGAGUCCUGGACAAGGACGCAACAAUAAUGGGCUGGAGAUUGGUUGCUUGGUUGAUGCUGCCAGUGGUCUGCUGACCUUCACAGCUAACGGCAAGGAACUAGGCACAUACUAUCAGGUUGAACCAAGUACUAAGUUAUUUCCUGCUGUAUUUGCUCAAGCUACAAGCCCCAAUGUUUUCCAGUUUGAAUUGGGAAGAAUAAAGAACGUAAUGCCAUUAUCUGCGGGCUUGUUCAAAAGUGAACACAAAAACCCAGUCUCUCAAUGCCCUCCGCGUCUCCAUGUCCAGUUUCUGACUCAUGUGCUUUGGAGCAGAGUGCCAAACCACUUUCUGAAGGUUGACAUCUCUCGGAUCAGUGAACGUCAAGGCUGGAUGAUACAGUGCUUGAAUCCUUUGCAGUUCAUGGCCCUUCAUAUUCCAGAAGAAAACAGGACAAUUGAUAUUUUAGAGCUGACAGAACAAGAAGAAUUGCUGAAAUUUCACUAUCAUACUCUCCGACUGUAUUCAGCUGUUUGUGCUUUAGGGAACAACCGGGUGGCCCAUGCUAUGUGUAGCCAUGUGGAUGAGUCUCAGCUCCUGUAUGCUAUUGAGAACAAAUAUAUGCCAGGAUUGUUACGUACAGGAUAUUACGACUUACUCAUUGACAUCCACCUCAACACCUAUGCUACUGCCAGGUUAAUGAUGAAUAAUGAAUUUAUUGUUCCAAUGACAGAUGAGACCAAGAGUAUUACCUUGUUUCCUGAUGAAAACAAAAAACAUGGCCUCCCUGGUAUAGGACUUAGCACUUCCUUAAGGCCAAGAAUGCAGUUCUCCUCCCCAAGUUUUGUAAGCAUUAGCAGUGAAUGCUUUCAGUUCAGUCCUGAAUUCCCUCUGGAAAUCUUAAAGGCUAAAACAAUAGAGAUGCUGACUGAAGCUGUUCAGGAGGGCAGCCUCCAUGUUAGAGAUCCAGUUGGAGGCUCUACAGAAUUUCUUUUUGUCCCUCUCAUCAAACUGUUUUACACUCUCCUAAUUAUGGGAAUCUUCCAUAACGGGGAUCUGAAACACAUCUUGCAGUUGAUUGAGCCCCGGGUUUUCAAAGAAGCUAUGAGUCGGGAGGAUGGAAGUGAUUUGUCAGAGAAGGAGCAGAGUUCAGAUGAGCUCAAGCCAGAAGAAGGAGAGGAAGAAACCAAAGGGGAGCAAGUGCCAAAGGAAGGGCUCCUUCAGAUGAAACUUCCUGAACCUGUUAAAUUACAGAUGUGUCAUCUACUCCAGUACCUGUGUGAUUGCCAGGUACGACACCGGAUAGAAGCCAUUGUAGCAUUUUCUGAUGAUUUUGUGGCCAGGCUUCAGGAGAAUCAGCGCUUCCGGUACAAUGAAGUGAUGCAGGCCUUGAAUAUGUCUGCUGCCCUAACAGCUAGAAAAACAAAAGAAUUUCGUUCCCCACCUCAGGAACAGAUUAAUAUGCUGCUGAACUUUAAAGAUGAUAAAAAUGAUUGUCCUUGUCCUGAAGAAAUUCGGGAUCAGCUCUUGGAUUUCCACGAAGACCUAAUGGCACACUGUGGAAUUGAACUAGAUGACGAUGGAACCUUGGAUGGAAACAAUGAUUUAACCAUUAGGGGUCGCCUUCUAUACCUUAUGGAAAAAGUCACAUAUCUGAAGAAGAAACAAGCUGAGAAGCCAGUUGAUGAUGAUGCUAAGACAUCUUCUACUCUUCAGCAGUUGAUUUCAGACACAAUGGUACGCUGGGCCCAGGAGUCAGUAAUAGAAGAUCCGGAGUUAGUGAGGGCCAUGUUUGUAUUGCUGCAUCGCCAAUAUGAUGGUAUUGGUGGCUUGGUUCGAGCCCUACCAAAGACCUACACCAUAAAUAGCGUGUCAGUGGAAGACACAAUCAAUCUGCUAGCAUCCCUUGGCCAAAUCCGUUCCCUGCUCAGUGUCAGAAUGGGGAAGGAGGAAGAAAAACUUAUGAUUCGUGGAUUAGGAGACAUCAUGAAUAAUAAAGUAUUUUACCAACAUCCAAAUCUCAUGAGAGCUCUAGGCAUGCAUGAGACUGUUAUGGAAGUGAUGGUAAAUGUGCUUGGUGGAGGAGAAUCCAAGGAAAUUACUUUUCCAAAGAUGGUGGCAAAUUGCUGUCGUUUCCUUUGUUAUUUUUGCCGCAUUAGCAGGCAGAAUCAAAAAGCUAUGUUUGAUCAUCUUAGCUAUUUAUUGGAAAACAGCAGUGUUGGCCUUGCCUCUCCUUCUAUGCGAGGAUCAACUCCUUUAGAUGUUGCAGCAGCGUCUGUGAUGGAUAACAAUGAACUUGCACUAGCUUUAAGGGAACCUGAUCUAGAGAAGGUGGUUCGCUACUUGGCUGGAUGUGGAUUGCAGAGCUGUCCUUUGCUGAUUUCUAAAGGCUACCCAGACAUUGGAUGGAAUCCAGUUGAAGGAGAGCGAUAUUUGGAUUUUCUACGUUUCGCUGUUUUUUGCAAUGGAGAGAGUGUGGAGGAGAAUGCUAAUGUUGUAGUCAGGCUGCUUAUCCGUCGACCUGAAUGUUUUGGUCCAGCUCUAAGAGGAGAAGGAGGAGAUGGGUUACUUGCCGCCAUGGAGGAAGCUAUAAAAAUUUCUGAAGAUCCAACAAGAGAUGGCCCUUCCCCAAGUAAUGGAUCUAGUAAAACCCUUGAAAUGGAAGAACAAGAUGACACUAUUCACAUGGGAAAUGCCAUCAUGACCUUUUAUGCAGCUUUGAUUGAUCUCUUAGGACGUUGUGCCCCUGAAAUGCAUCUAAUCCAUGCAGGUAAAGGGGAAGCCAUUAGGAUCAGGUCAAUUCUACGGUCUUUGAUUCCACUGGAAGAUUUGGUGGGCGUAAUUAGUAUUCCUUUCCACAUGCCAACCAUAGCUAAAGAUGGUACUGUGGUGGAACCUGAUAUGUCUGCGGGGUUUUGCCCAGAUCACAAGGCAGCCAUGGUUUUGUUCCUUGACAGGGUCUAUGGAAUUGAGGACCAGGAUUUUCUUCUACAUCUUCUUGAAGUUGGCUUUCUGCCAGAUCUUCGUGCUGCUGCUUCUUUAGAUACGGCUGCUUUAAAUGCUACAGAUAUGGCUUUGGCUCUGAAUCGAUACCUUUGCACUGCGGUCUUGCCUUUGUUGACCAGAUGUGCUCCUCUUUUUGCUGGCACAGAGCACCAUGCUUCCCUCAUCGAUUCCUUAUUACAUACUGUAUACAGACUCUCAAAGGGCUGCUCUCUUACCAAAGCUCAGCGAGAUUCCAUUGAAGAGUGUUUACUGUCUAUCUGUGGGCAGUUGAGACCUUCCAUGAUGCAGCAUUUACUGAGAAGAUUAGUAUUUGAUGUUCCUCUAUUAAAUGAACAUGCAAAGAUGCCUCUCAAGUUGCUGACAAAUCAUUAUGAAAGAUGCUGGAAGUAUUAUUGUUUGCCAGGUGGAUGGGGUAACUUUGGUGCUGCAUCAGAAGAAGAACUUCACUUAUCCAGAAAAUUGUUCUGGGGUAUUUUUGAUGCCUUGUCUCAAAAGAAAUAUGAACAAGAACUGUUCAAAUUGGCAUUGCCUUGUCUGAGUGCAGUUGCAGGGGCCUUACCUCCAGACUACAUGGAAUCAAAUUAUGUCAGUAUGAUGGAAAAACAGUCUUCAAUGGAUUCAGAUGGGAACUUCAACCCUCAACCUGUUGAUACCUUAAACAUUACAAUCCCUGAAAAGCUAGAAUAUUUCAUUAACAAAUAUGCAGAACACUCUCAUGAUAAAUGGUCAAUGGAAAAGUUUGCCAAUGGGUGGGUAUAUGGUGAAACAUAUUCUGAAUCCGCGAAAGUGCAACCAUUAAUGAAACAAUAUAAAUUACUGACCGAAAAGGAGAAAGAAAUUUAUCGAUGGCCAAUAAAAGAAUCACUAAAAACCAUGCUGGCAUGGGGAUGGCGGAUUGAAAGAACAAGGGAGGGAGACUCCAUGGCUCUUUAUAAUCGAACGCGUCGCAUAUCGCAAACCAGUCAAAUCUCUGUAGAUACAGCCCAUGGUUACAGCCCUCGAGCAAUUGAUAUGAGCAAUGUCACCCUCUCCAGAGACGUUCAUGCUAUGGCUGAGAUGAUGGCUGAAAACUACCAUAACAUAUGGGCAAAGAAAAAGAAAAUGGAACUUGAAGCAAAAGUAGGAGGAGGCAACCAUCCUCUUCUGGUUCCCUAUGAUACACUCACAGCCAAAGAAAAAGCCAAGGACAGAGAAAAAGCACAGGAUAUUCUGAAAUUUCUACAGAUUAAUGGAUAUGUUGUCUCCAGAGGACUGAAGGACCUGGAAUUAGACACGCCUUCCAUUGAGAAACGCUUUGCCUACAGUUUUCUUCAGCAGCUUAUAAGAUAUGUGGAUGAAGCUCAUCAGUACAUUCUGGAGUUUGAUGGUGGCAGCAGAGGCAAAGGAGAGCACUUCCCAUACGAACAAGAAAUCAAGUUCUUCGCCAAAGUUGUGCUCCCUUUGAUUGAUCAGUAUUUCAAAAAUCAUCGCCUCUAUUUCUUAUCUGCAGCAAGUAGGCCUCUCAGCAGUGGAGGCCAUGCCUCUAAUAAGGAAAAAGAAAUGGUGACAAGCCUGUUCUGCAAACUUGGAGUUCUUGUCAGGCAUAGGAUUUCACUGUUUGGAAAUGAUGCGACAUCGAUUGUCAACUGUCUUCAUAUACUAGGCCAGACCUUGGAUGCAAGGACUGUGAUGAAAACUGGUCUGGAGUCUGUUAAGAUGGCAUUGAGAGCAUUUUUGGACAAUGCUGCUGAGGAUCUGGAGAAAACAAUGGAAAAUCUUAAGCAAGGCCAGUUUACGCACACCAGAAACCAGCCGAAGGGAGUGACACAAAUCAUUAAUUAUACCACAGUGGCUCUCCUUCCAGUGCUAUCUUCAUUAUUUGAGCAUAUUGGACAGCACCAGUUUGGGGAAGAUUUAAUAUUGGAAGAUGUUCAGGUCUCUUGUUACAGAAUACUGGCCAGUUUAUAUGCUCUGGGAACCAGCAAGAGUAUCUACGUAGAGCGGCAACGAUCAGCACUAGGAGAAUGCUUGGCUGCUUUUUCGGGUGCAUUUCCAGUGGCUUUUUUGGAAACUCAUUUGAACAAACAUAAUACCUACUCAAUUUACAAUACCAAGAAUGCAAGAGACAGAGCAGUUCUCAAUUUGCCUACUAGUGUAGAAGAGGUCUGCUCAAAUAUUCCUUCAUUGGUGAAGCUGAUGGAAGAAAUUGUGGAACUGGCAGAGUCUGGUAUACGUUACACACAAAUGCCACAUAUAAUGGAAGUGAUAUUGCCUAUGCUAUGUAGUUACAUGUCACACUGGUGGGAACAUGGGCCAGAAAACAACCCUGACAAGGCUGAAAUGUGUUGUACAGCCUUGACGUCAGAGCACAUGAACACUCUGUUGGGUAACAUAUUGAAAAUCAUCUAUAACAACCUUGGUAUUGAUGAAGGAGCAUGGAUGAAGAGAUUAGCAGUGUUUUCCCAGCCCAUCAUAAGCAAAGCGAAGCCCCAGCUCUUAAAGACACACUUCCUGCCACUCAUGGAUAAGCUAAAGAAAAAAGCAGCAGUGGUUGUAUCGGAUGAAGAACACCUAAGAGCAGAAGGCAGAGGUGACAUGUCGGAGGCUGAACUGCUCAUCCUAGAUGAGUUCACCACUUUGGCACGGGACCUCUAUGCCUUCUACCCUUUGUUGAUUAGAUUUGUGGACUAUAACAGGGCAAAAUGGCUAAAAGAACCCAACCCUGAAGCUGAGGAAUUGUUCCGCAUGGUGGCUGAGGUCUUCAUUUACUGGUCAAAAUCUCAUAAUUUUAAAAGGGAAGAACAGAACUUUGUGGUACAAAAUGAGAUCAACAACAUGUCUUUCCUUAUCACUGACACCAAAUCAAAGAUGUCCAAGGCAGCAGUUUCUGACCAGGAGAGGAAGAAGAUGAAGCGAAAAGGUGACCGGUACUCUAUGCAGACCUCGCUCAUUGUGGCGGCACUGAAAAGAUUACUUCCCAUUGGCCUAAAUAUUUGUGCUCCUGGAGAGAAAGAGCUAAUUGCAUUAGCCAAAAACCGGUUCAAAAAAGAUACUGAGGAUGAAGUUCGAGAUAUCAUUCGCAGUAAUCUUCAUCUCCAGGGCAAGCUUGAGGAUCCUGCCAUUAGGUGGCAGAUGGCACUCUACAAAGAUUUGCCAAACAGGACUGAAGAUUCCACAGAUCCAGAGAAGACAGUGGAAAGAGUUCUUGAUAUAGCUAAUGUACUAUUUCACCUGGAGCAGGUUGAGCAUCCUCAGCGGUCCAAAAAAGCAGUGUGGCAUAAGCUGUUGUCUAAACAGAGGAAAAGAGCAGUAGUUGCCUGCUUUAGAAUGGCACCAUUGUAUAAUCUUCCAAGGCACCGAGCCGUCAAUCUCUUUCUUCAAGGCUAUGAUAAAUCUUGGAUUGAAACAGAAGAACACUAUUUUGAAGAUAAACUGAUAGAAGACUUAGCCGUACGUCUGGGUGCAAAAGGCUGUGGGGAAUUUCAUGAUCCUUUACAUCAACUUAUUCUGCUAUUCAGUCGAACAGCCUUAACUGAAAAAUGCAAAUUGGAUGAAGAUUUCCUGUACAUGGCUUAUGCUGACAUUAUGGCAAAGAGCUGUCAUGAUGAAGAAGAUGAUGAUGGUGAGGAGGAAGUGAAGAGUUUUGAAGUCACAGGAUCCCAACGCAGCAAGGAAAAAGAAAUGGAAAAGCAAAAACUUCUGUACCAGCAAGCCAGACUGCAUGACCGAGGUGCUGCUGAGAUGGUUCUUCAGACAAUCAGUGCUAGUAAAGGUGAGAUGGGGCCAAUGGUUGCAGCUACCCUCAAGCUAGGAAUUGCCAUCUUAAAUGGAGGAAAUUCUACAGUUCAACAGAAAAUGCUUGACUACCUGAAGGAUAAAAAAGAUGUGGGUUUCUUUCAGAGCCUUGCUGGUCUUAUGCAGUCCUGUAGUGUUCUUGACCUAAAUGCGUUUGAACGUCAAAACAAAGCAGAAGGCCUUGGCAUGGUGACUGAAGAGGGAUCAGGGGAAAAGGUGAUGCAGGAUGAUGAAUUCACAUGUGACCUCUUCCGCUUCCUCCAGUUACUUUGUGAAGGACAUAAUUCAGAUUUUCAGAAUUACCUGAGAACUCAGACUGGUAACAACACAACUGUUAAUAUUAUCAUUUCCACAGUGGAUUACUUAUUGAGAGUUCAGGAAUCCAUUAGUGAUUUCUAUUGGUAUUAUUCUGGGAAGGAUGUUAUUGAUGAGCAAGGACAGCGAAAUUUUUCCAAAGCCAUCCAGGUUGCAAAACAGGUUUUCAAUACUCUCACAGAAUAUAUCCAGGGACCAUGUACUGGGAACCAGCAGAGUCUGGCACACAGCAGGCUGUGGGAUGCAGUAGUUGGUUUUCUUCAUGUGUUUGCCCACAUGCAGAUGAAACUGUCUCAGGAUUCCAGUCAAAUUGAAUUACUGAAAGAAUUAAUGGAUCUUCAGAAGGAUAUGGUUGUCAUGCUGCUGUCUAUGCUGGAAGGUAAUGUUGUGAAUGGAACUAUUGGCAAGCAGAUGGUUGAUAUGCUUGUGGAAUCGUCCAACAACGUGGAGAUGAUUCUGAAGUUUUUUGAUAUGUUCUUAAAACUUAAGGAUUUGACGUCCUCUGAUGCAUUCAAAGAAUAUGACCCUGAUGGUAAAGGCGUAAUUUCAAAGAGGGAUUUUCACAAGGCAAUGGAAAGCCAUAAGCAUUACACUCAAUCUGAAACUGAGUUUCUGCUAUCGUGUGCUGAAACAGAUGAGAAUGAGACCCUGGACUACGAGGAAUUUGUGAAACGCUUCCAUGAACCUGCUAAAGACAUUGGUUUCAAUGUUGCUGUUCUCCUGACCAACCUCUCUGAACACAUGCCCCAUGAUACCCGCUUGCAAACUUUUCUUGAGCUGUCAGAAAGCGUUCUGAAUUAUUUUCAGCCCUUCCUUGGACGCAUAGAAAUCAUGGGCAGUGCAAAACGCAUUGAACGAGUUUAUUUUGAAAUAAGUGAGUCAAGUCGGACUCAGUGGGAGAAACCUCAGGUAAAAGAAUCAAAGAGACAAUUUAUAUUUGAUGUUGUAAAUGAAGGAGGGGAGAAAGAAAAGAUGGAGCUUUUUGUUAAUUUCUGUGAGGAUACAAUCUUUGAAAUGCAACUGGCUGCCCAGAUCUCUGAAUCAGAUCUGAAUGAAAGGUCAGCAAAUAAAGAGGAGAAUGAGAAAGAUAAGCCUGAGGAACAGGAUCCCAGAAUUGGUUUUUUCUCUCUUGUGACUAUGAAAUCAGCAUUAGUAGCUCUCAAGUAUAAUUUAAUGACUCUUAUGAAAAUGCUCAGCAUGAAGAGCCUAAAGAAACAAAUGAAAAAAGUGAAGAAAAUGACUAUGAAGGACAUGAUCUUGGCUUUGUUUUCUUCUUAUUGGAGCAUUUUGAUGGGCUUAUUGCAUUUCACCUGUAGUGUCUUCCGAGGCUUCUUUCGCAUUGUGUACAGUUUGCUACUUGGAGGAAGCCUAGUAGAAGGAGCAAAGAAAAUCAAGGUGGCUGAACUGUUAGCUAAUAUGCCAGAUCCCACUCAGGAUGAGGUGCGUGGGGAAGGAGAAGAAGGGGAGAGGAAACCAACAGAAACUGCAUUGCCUGCGGAAGACCUGACGGAUUUGAAAACUUUAUCAGAUGAUAGUGAUCUGCUCUCAGAUAUAUUUGGUUUGGAUUUGAAACGAGAAGGUGGCCAGUAUAAAUUGAUCCCUCAUAAUCCAAAUGCUGGUUUGAGUGAUUUAUUGAGCACUCCUUCCUUAGUUCCAAUGCCUGAGGUGCAGGAAAAAGUACAGGAGCAGGUGAAAGAAGAUGAAAAGCAAGAGAAGGAAGAAGCAAAAUAUGAACCUGAAAAAGCAGAAGGAGAAGAUGGGGAAAAAGAAGACAAAGCUAAAGACGACAAAGGAAAACAGAAAUUAAGACAGCUUCAUACUCACAGAUAUGGAGACUCGGAAAUUCAGGAAUCAGCUUUCUGGAAGAAAAUCAUUGCAUAUCAACAGAAGCUUCUUAACUAUUUUGCUCGAAACUUUUAUAACAUGAGGAUGUUAGCAUUGUUUGUUGCUUUUGCCAUUAACUUUAUCCUGCUCUUCUAUAAGGUCUCCACCUCUGCUGUGACAGAAGAAAAGGAAGUUCCUGUGGUGCCUGCUGGUGAAAGCGCAAAGUUGAACAACCUGGAAGGUGACAGCCACAGGGUCAUUGCAGUGCAUUAUGUCCUGGAAGAAAGCAGUGGCUACAUGGAACCCACACUGCGCAUUUUGGCCAUCCUGCAUACAGUCAUCUCGUUCUUCUGCAUCAUAGGGUAUUACUGCUUGAAAGUUCCGUUGGUUAUUUUUAAGCGGGAAAAGGAAGUGGCAAGGAAAUUGGAAUUUGAUGGGCUGUAUAUAACUGAACAGCCCUCAGAAGAUGAUAUUAAAGGGCAGUGGGAUAGACUUGUCAUCAACACACAGUCUUUUCCCAACAAUUAUUGGGACAAAUUUGUGAAAAGAAAGGUCAUGGAUAAAUAUGGUGAGUUCUAUGGACGCGACAGAAUCAGUGAGUUACUAGGAAUGGACAAAGCUGCUCUCGAUUUUAGUGAUGCUCGAGAAAAGAAGAAACCAAAGAAAGAUAGUUCCUUAUCUGCUGUGCUAAAUUCCAUUGAUGUGAAAUAUCAGAUGUGGAAGUUAGGGGUUGUUUUCACUGAUAAUUCUUUCCUUUACCUAGCUUGGUACAUGACCAUGUCAGUCCUUGGCCAUUACAACAAUUUUUUCUUUGCUGCUCAUCUCCUUGACAUUGCAAUGGGAUUCAAGACAUUACGAACUAUCCUAUCAUCAGUAACCCACAAUGGCAAACAGCUUGUACUAACAGUGGGAUUACUGGCAGUAGUGGUAUACUUGUACACAGUAGUGGCAUUCAAUUUUUUCCGCAAGUUCUACAACAAGAGUGAAGAUGGUGAUAUGCCAGAUAUGAAAUGUGAUGAUAUGCUAACAUGCUACAUGUUUCACAUGUAUGUUGGAGUGCGUGCAGGUGGAGGCAUCGGUGAUGAAAUAGAGGAUCCAGCAGGAGAUGAAUAUGAAAUCUAUCGGAUUAUCUUUGAUAUCACUUUCUUCUUCUUUGUGAUUGUCAUCCUGCUGGCGAUUAUACAAGGUUUAAUUAUUGAUGCUUUUGGUGAGUUAAGAGAUCAGCAAGAGCAAGUCAAGGAAGAUAUGGAGACAAAAUGCUUUAUCUGUGGAAUAGGAAAUGACUACUUUGAUACAGUGCCCCAUGGCUUUGAAACACACACACUACAGGAGCACAACUUGGCCAAUUAUCUGUUUUUUCUGAUGUAUCUUAUUAACAAAGAUGAAACAGAGCAUACGGGGCAGGAAUCCUAUGUAUGGAAAAUGUAUCAAGAACGAUGCUGGGAGUUUUUCCCUGCUGGUGAUUGCUUCCGGAAACAAUAUGAAGACCAGCUAAACUAAGCAGAGAUGAGGAUUUCCACUUGAAAAUAUAUGUCCAUCUAUUGCCCAGCUCUGUUGGGAACAUCUGAAAGAUUUCUUAAAUUCCCAAAGCUAUAUGCUUUUUGGAGCACCAAAGCUCUGUUUUUAAUGACCUGACUGCGCUUUUAUUUUCUUGUGUAUUUGCUUUGAGAACACUGGAGUAAAGAACAAUGAAAAAUAACAGCAACUCUGGAAAACAAACCCACCACACUCUCUCUCUCUCUCUCUCUCUCUCUCACACACACACACACACACACACACACACACACACAAAGUAUCUGUAUACAUAAGAUGUACACAUAAAAAGAGACUUAAGACAGCUUAUUUCUGAAACUGCCAGAUGACGCCCUUGUCUAUGAGAUCACACAUGGGGUGGCAUGGUAGCAACACUCAUUCAAUCUGUUUAUUUCAUCAUCCUGGAAGGAACUAUAUGUAGUUCACGGAGCACUGUAAAAGAUUGUUGUGGACACUAAGCUGUGGGGAAAUAGUGCCUUACUAUAUGUGGGUUGAGCUAUGCAGAAGAUGAGUGCAUGGUGACAUCUUUUUUUUUUUCUCUUUAUAUUCUCCCUUUCCUCCAAAUUAAUAUUUAUUUUGUGUUCUUGGUAGGUUUGGGAGGAAGGGAUUUGAAUGUGCACAUCUUUUUAAUAAGACUGGAGUGUCUCAGGACGAGAGUAGGUUAUUCUCAUCAAGAUAAUUUCACGUUUACCUUCCUCUUUAGCUCUAGUUCUUAUUUUGGUAAUGCUCUGAUGCAACACUGCAACUUUAUGAAAUCUUUGUAAGAGAACAAGACGACUGCAAAAAACACUUUAACAAGAAAUGUUUCGUUGCAUGUUUAUUAUGCAAGUUUAAAACAAUCAAAAAAACCAACCUUCAGAGGCAAGUUGAUCAACAUGAGAAAAACAUUCACAAUAAUAUAUCCAUAAGUAAUAAAGUGUUGUGGGCUUUAUUGUACAUUUGGAAUGAGUGUCAUCAGCCAACAAUGUAUAUGUUAUGAAUUUGACAGUAGCUAUGAUUUCUUUUAUUUUUCUUUCUUUCAUUUCUGCCACCUGUGAUCGAUAGUAGAGUUGAAGAUUUUCUUGUUAAAUUAUUUUUUAAAAUCAAAGCUGAAGCAAUAUCCAUUCAGGGAUUCCAUCAGUUGCAUCAUGAAACACCAAUGAUGUGUACAUCACUCCAUUUUGAGUUCUUUUCAAUUGUAAUGCCAAUCUUUACAAAU